GUGUGUGUGUGUGUGUGUGUGUGUGUGUGUGUGUGUGUGUGUGUGUGUGUGUGUGUGUUCAAGUACCUCCACUUGGUGAGCCCCGGUAAUGCAGUCCGUGCGGCUAAACUUGACACCCGCUGACAGUUAUCGUGAGGAGUAGUCCAGAUACUGGCAGUGGUUUCACUUCUCUUGGUUUUGCAAUCCAAGGAAGGAAGUUAUUCAUUUUGGCACAAGAGAGAAUGUGAAAAUCCAAUAUGCCCAACUUGUGAGGAAGAACUAGACAAAGGAAUAUCCUACAGAGAUGUGUUUGCUGACAAGGAACUGAUGGAACUGGAAGUCUUUUGUCAUAUGAAACCUGCUGGUUGUGACUGGAAUGGUGAACACAGAUUGCUAGAAAAACACAUCGAUACUUGCUCAUACACACCAGUGGCUUGUUCCAAUCUUGGUUGUUCAGCUGAAGUGACCAAAUCUGAAUUACAACAACAUGUUGACAUUUUUUGUGACUUUCGUUUUGUCAACUGUCCAUACUGCAAUGAGCCAAUGACAGCUAAGGAGCUAACUGAUCAUAUAUCAUCAUGUUUGAAAGCACCUGUAAUCUGUCCAAAUGAAUGUGAAGAUGGAAAAACAAUGAACCGAGAAAAUCUGGCAAGUCACAUGGAAAUUUGUCCAAAGAAAGUAGUGACAUGCAACAUUGUUGGAUGCAAUUUCAAAGGACAACAACAUGAGCUGGAUGCACAUGCUGAAGCUUCACUGCCACUUCAUUUGACUUGCCUUGGUGAAUGCAUUAAACAACUGCAACUUGAAGUGAAAGAUUUCGACUGCAAAACAGACGACAAGAUCAAAGACCAAAUUCAGAGUCUCAAGAAGCCAGCAGUACAUGACUCAAUGAGCAGCGACAGUGAGCAGAAACUGUCGGCACUAGAAGAUCAGUUGAGAGAGUUGGAGUCUCGUCAAACUGUUAUGCAGCAGAAGACAAUCGCGGCGUGUUACGAGUCAGUCGAUAACAUUCAGAAACAGUUCAAGACGAAAGUUGAUUUAUUGGAUCAACACAUGAGACUGAUGACAGAGAAAUGCAUUAAAUUUGAAGAAACUAUUUCUAUGCAGGAUGUCAGGAUGAAGCAACUGGAAAGCGAAUUAUCUCAAUACAGACUCAACGGUGGAACGAAUGUGGGUCUGCAUCAGCAGUUUACGGCUCAAGAUCGAGUGCUGGCGAGUCAUGAUAUGAAACUAGCAGAACACGGUCUGAGGCUUGACAUGAUUGAUUGUAAGAACACGAACGGUGUGCUGCUGUGGAAGAUUACUGACAUGAGACGACGAAGACGAGAUGCUGUGAGUGGCAAGACACCAUCCGUCUACUCACAACCAUUCUACACGUCACCCAAUGGAUACAAGAUGUGUGCUCGUCUCUAUCUGAAUGGAGACGGGAUGGGACGUGGUACUCAUUUGUCUCUUUUCUUUGUAAUUAUGAGAGGAGAAUACGAUUCUCUUCUUCCUUGGCCGUUUAGACAGAAAGUCACUCUCGUACUCAUUGAUCAACAAGGUGGCAGUCACGUGUCUGACACGUUCAGACCUGAUCCCACGUCCUCAUCAUUUCAAAGACCAAGAAACGAGAUGAAUGUUGCAUCUGGAUGUCCACUAUUUGUACCUCUGGCUACCUUAGACAGCAAUGGAUAUGUUAAAGAUGACACUCUAUUUAUAAAGAUAGCAGUUGAUAUCACAAAUGUUAUACGACCAGAUGCCAGCUGAAAUCAUGGACAGAGCUGUAUGACAAUUAGGGCACUACUGUUUGUGUUGCUCGAUCUUUGGCCUCAAUAUACUGUUUUUUGGUUUCACACCAUUUGACAACUUUGAUUUUGCUUUGAUAGGAAAGGGCAGUUUUUACAAGAUUUUUUACUUAUAAUAGUAUUUGCAUACCCAGUGUUAUGUAUAUGGUUAUUAUGUAUUGUUUUUGGACUGGAUAUAUUUAUUCUGUUAUCUAUUCAUAUCCAGAUUUAGCAAAAUUGGCGACAAAAGCAACGUCUUAGUACAGGGUAGCCUUUAGAAUCAAUUAUUAAAUUAUAACAACUAAAUU